AUUCAAAAUUAAAUUUUGUAUACAUUAUUGAUAAAAAUAAUCAAAAUAAGUUGAGGUAUACCAUACCCUAAUGAAUAUGGUUUUAGUUGGUAAUUAGGCACGCUAACCUUGUUGCCAAUUAAUAACCAAAAAAAAAAUCGUAUGAAUAAUAUAUGCAAUAAUAAUAUAAGUCAGGAGAAUCGGGCAAUGUAUUGAAUAAAAAUAAACAUUUUCAUCAAAAGGGAAGUUUCGGCUCUGAUUGUGCAAUAUGCUGCUAGGCAAGUAGGCCGUACCGCGAUGUUGCCUCUUCGGCUGCGUCGCGUAAGUGGACACGAGGGUCGCGAGAAUGACAUAUUGUUCCACCCGCCACGAUCGAAGCCACCGACGCCUGAAACGUUGGUGUUUUUCGGUGGAGAUGUGCAGGAUUACGAGGAGGUUAUGCAAGCCCACCGCGAUAACAGGAAUUACGUGAGAUGGAGUCUCGAGAACACGGCGCGUCUGCUGAGCGAACACUUCCCGACCAAACACAUCGUAGUCGUCCGACCGGCUCGCAUAGAGUACAAAAGCUUCAGCUGCUACGACAACUUCGUCCCCAGCAGCAACGCCGGAGUGCCCGAACACACGCCGACGCACAGUGCGCUGCACCAUCUCGAGAAAUUGCUCCAAGAGGUGGGCAGCAGGAUAAAAGCGAUGCCGGUCAGACAGUUGUGUGAAGCUGUGGUCUCUCUCUUCUCGGAUGAUGUCGAACAGAGUUGUAGCCGGAAAGAUGGCGACUCAAACGGCGCGACUAAAUGUGAUGCAGUCAAAGGAGAGAGCGACGACGAUGACGCGCAAGCCUCCGCAGCCGUGAGAUGGCGCGAGUGCCUCCUGCUGGGCGAGAGCAAAGUGUCGGUGAUGGGCUUCAGCAAGGGCUGCGUGGUGCUGAACCAGUUCAUCUACGAGUUUCACUACGCCAAGACUCUCACGCCCUGGGACAAGCACAUGUGCAGGUUCAUUGAGCGCAUCCAAUCCAUGUGGUGGCUGGACGGAGGUCACGCCGGAGGAAAGAACACCUGGAUCACGGCUCGCAGUCUGCUGGAAACGCUGGCGCGACUCGACGUAAACGUAUACGUGCACGUCAGUCCGUAUCAAGUGAACGACGAAGGCCGACCUUGGAUUGGAAGAGAAGAGAAGACUUUCAGCUCCUUACUGCACAGGCUCGGGGCUAAGAUCGAGCGGUACGUGCACGCAGAAGGCAGCACCCGCUACUCGCUGAAUACGCACUUCAACGUGCUCGCAAACUUCAAACAGGUGCAGGACUCGCGCUCGCCGGACCCGCACAACGCGUCCGACGAUGAUAACUAAUUUUGAAAGACAUUUCAGCAAAUGUCGCCAUUACGGCGCAAUUCGGUGUAUAUAUAUAUAUAUGUCUCCAAUGUUGUUCUCAUCACUAAGCUCACGAAAGAUUUAUAUAUCAUUAAGAAUGUAACGUUUUCAAAGAGAUUGUAUAUUUUCAGAGUUUAGAAACGGUCCCGAUAUAUAUUUUGUUAAGAGUCUUCAAAAUUAUCGUCGACAUGUACGAAAAUAAAUUAUACACUCAGAUGCCGAAUCGCCACGUCUCUGGCCGAGCUGU